AUGUCUACAACGACAGGUAUGUGCAUAAACUAUAUGUUUUAAGGUUUCUUUUGAUAUAUAAUUUGUUUUGUUUAACGAGCGAGCUCACGUGUGGAAAUUCGUUUGAAUUUUAGGUAAUUUUGCAAGUUCGCCAAUGGCGUGCGUGGACAUGUGCUCUUGGGACUGUCAAAAUUGGAAUAAAGAAAAUUUGAUUGCCCUGCUUAAAAACGAUGAAAAACCUGAGUGGUGGAAAGGUAAACAUAAAAUAUGUUAUCGUUUAUUUAAUAAAAUCAUUGAAACAACCUGUAGUUUGGAGGGCAACCAGGAGGAAAGGGUGAAAAGAAGCCUUCAUGUGCUUGAUCCUAAUAUAAUAAUCCCUGCGCAUAUCAAAAACCUUAAAAGAAAGGUAGUCACUAUGCUUGCGAAACACCCAGAGGGUAGCUGUACAGUUAUUUUACAGCUAUAUAAAGAGUACGAGCAGGCAUCUGUUGGCGAUGAGUGUCUGAGACUUGGAAUUACUGACCAAGUAUUGCAUGAUAUACUGAGUGUAAAACAGCAGGGUGUUGGUAAGGCCCCUGUUGUAUUUUUAACUAAUAAGUUGGUAAUAGAGUUAAAUGAAACAAGGGAGUGAAUGGGAAAAUCAUGGGUUGACAUCCUAACUUGGCUACGUGUUUUAAGUAAUGACCAUAGUUUUGGGAAAGUAGAUAGUGUACGCGUAGCCAUUGAACGUGCGGCUGAUCAUAAGCGUGAGUUAGUUCUUCACAAGAAAAAGGGGUUAUGUGAAGAGUAUUUAGCUAAAGAGUUCUUAUUGCCUCAGCAGAAGAGUAUAGAAUCGGUACCAGCUCAAAAUGAUCCUGCAGUCCAAUACCAAAUGUUCUUAGAUCAGCAAGCGAGAGAAAUUGAAGUACUUCUGUCCCAAAUGGAACAUUCGAAUAAAGAAGUUGAAAUGUUGAGUCAACUUGUUAAGGAGCAAAGUGAGGUAGAUAUUGCAAAGGCAAAUGAAGUUAAUAGGUUGCGAUCGAAUCUUCAUGAAAUGCAAAGCAAACAUGAGGCGACCUCCAAGAAAUUGCAAGACGCAAUGGAGAAAUUAAGCAAGGUUUCAGCUCGGAAUAUCAACAAGAAGUUAAAGCGUCGAGAUGUCACCAAUGAGAAGUUAAAAGAAAUGACAACACUUCAACAAGUAGAAAUCGAGAAAAAAGAGACCGACUUGCAAGCACAAGCAAAAACAUAUGUGGAUAUAAUUGAUAGAAAAGAUAAAACAAUUCAAUGGUUAAAUGAAAGAUUGGAUUCUGCACUUGAAGCCAAGACCAAGGCACAGAAAUUAAAGUCAUAUUAUAAAAGCAAAGCAGUAUGUCAGAAAACAGAAGGUCCUUUGUUUUCAAAAAUUUCAGAAUUAAAAUCCCAUAUUGCCGAGCUUGAAAAUGAAGUUGAAGUUUUGCAGGAACAUAUUCAAGACUUUCUAAAAACCCCAAUCGUAAGAACAUUCCAGAAUGGCAAGUAUACCGAUGAGGUCAGGGCAGUAUAUGAAGACCUCUUGUGUUGGGGAGUAGGAGUAGAAAAUGUUCAAAAAGUGGUAAGUACUGUCAUAAAGAACCUUGCAGGUUUAGAAUGUGAGCGACUCCCCAAGGCCACUUUUGCUAGAUAUAUGUAUUUAGAAGCUAGGCGUCUUUCUCAGAUUCAAGUAGCGGAACAGCUGCUUGAUGAGUGGGAUUCGGGUAAUCGCACCCUGCAUAGUGAUGGUACUUCUAAGCAUGGUUACCACUAUGCCACAUUUGAUGUGACAUUAGAUGGUGGCAAUGUCAUGGUAGCUGGGCUGCGGGACAUGGCGUGCGGUGACGCUGAAUCUCAACUAAAUUUAUUGAAAGAAGUUUUAGGUGACAUUACCAGCUCAGUCGAGGAUGAAAAUGCAGAUAAAAAGGUGAUGAAGUCCAUAAAGAAUUUGAUGUCGGACCGCUGCAUUGUCCAAACGAAAUUCAACGAGAUUCUCCAGACAUAUCGACAAUCCAUCCUGCCUGAAGUCGUGGAAGAGUGGGAUAUUAUGGAGGAUGAUGAGAAAUCCAAGAUCUCGAGAAUGAAUGAUCUGUUCUGUGGCCUACAUUACAUUGUUGGACUUGCUGACCAAGCAGAGGAGGCUUUAAGAGUGUGGGACAAGCUCCUGUAUGAUGAAACAAAGGUUGGAAGCUUGAGCCAAGGUGGGUAUAGUAAGGGAGGAGAAAGUGGCACCCUCCGUUUACUUCGAACAGUGUGCAAAGCUGUUCAGGCCAAAGGAUGCGAGCGGUCUGGAAGAGCGGUAUCCUUUGCUGACCACGCCAGAGAGAAUGGCAUUGAGUCAAUACCCCUUGCACCAUUUCUAGGAAAUAGAUUUAAUAUCAUAUUUCAUAAUGGUGGUGGUGAAUUUUAUUUGCAUGAACACCUCAGAUCAUUCUUUGAUAUGAUGAAGGAUGAAAACAAACUGCUGAAGGCAGUUUAUUAUGACUUAGAAGUUUCUUCCUUUUUAGCAGGGUGCAGGGCCCUGGGAUUGAUUAACAAAUUUAUUACAGGUCCAUUGUGGAGAGUCCUUGCAAAAGAGGAUGUAAGUUUCAUGGAUAUGAGUGCUCGAUACCAGCGACUGUUGGAGUGUUUUGAAGAAUGGGCACAAGACUCCACUCCUGUACUCGCAGGUGAAGCUGUGGUGUUUGAUGAUGUCAAACUGAAGAAAGAUUUGUGCUAUGAGAAGCUCAUCAAAGAAGACUCUGAUUGGGAUCCAAUGACAAAGCAAGUCCUCGAGUUGAUAUUUGGAUCAUUUGUUGUUGUAACAAAGCGAAUGUUGACUGAUCACCUGAAGGGUGGUAAGUACGACAAACCCGAUGUCGAAAUGCAAGAUGAAUGCAAGAAUGCUCCUAAGACGAAUGUUGUUCCAGAACGAGAUUUUGGAAUGUUGGAUCGUCUUCUUGCACAAAAGCCAAAUGCGACAACCUUGGUCUUUGAAGGCAUUUUGAUGUUCACAAAGAAUGAUACCAAAGGUUGGAGAGAUUCACUUACCCCAGAGAAGAGAAAGGCAGUUAUGGAAAUGGCGCGAAAUUCAAAGGCAAGCCAGCGACAGCAAUUCAUUGAGCGAAAGGCAAUAAUUAGAAAAAAGAGAGAAGAAAAGCUUGAGAAAGGAAAACAGGAAAAGGAGAGAAAAGAAACCAAGUUAAGAAUGCUAAAGCAAGAUUUAGUUCAGAAAGUGGAAGAACUUGGUGGAAUGUGGAAAACAGACACAUGUGUCGAUGAGCAGGUUGCCAAAAUAACCAAGGAAAAAGAUAAGAAAAUUGCCAUCAAAACCCAGAUACAGUUCCGAAAGAUAGUGCUCGGCGCAAAGCAUAAAGAUAAAAAAGUAUUUCAAAUGUCAUCUGAGAGUAAAGCAUUUAGCAGUCAAGUGCUGGUCAGUAAUCUUAAAGAAAUAAUUCGUCAAUCCAUCGAAGAUAGCAAAAAGGUGACCGAGCCUGAAGACUCUCAAGUUACUCGAGUUGGUCAAAAGCUCAUUUCACAUGAGAAAAUGUUGGAGCAAAAAGAAAUAUACAAACAGCGAGCCAACAAAGAAGUGGAAAAAGCUGGAGGAAAGAGGAAAGGAGACGGUCCGACCAACAAUGAUAAAAGAUCUGCAAAGCGAAAGAAGGAUGGCCAACAAAAUGAAAAUGUUCCAACUAUAAUUGUACCAGUAGAUCUUGUUGGAAAACGGGUCUCUCAUCAUUGUUUCGAGAAUGAUGAAGCUGACUGGUUUGAAGGUGUUGUCAUUGAUAUAAGUGAGACCAAUAACCAGGACCCUGACCUUUACAUCAGAUAUGAUGGUUAUGACUCUCUCUACAUCUUUUCAUACCAUGAUUUUAAAGAUGGUAAUGUCAAACUAAUACCAGUAUCUGAAGAGGAUUUCUUGGGUAAAAAGAUAUCCCAAAGAUUUGAAGAUGAAGCUCAAAAUCACAGCUGGUGGGAAAAUGGCAGAGUACUACAGAUUGUAGAAGGUAGUGAUGACACUAACCCUGAGUUUGUCAUUGAAUUUGACUCCCAACCAGAAAUAGAUGACACUGAGGAUGAGGCAAGUACUGAAAGUGAAGUUUGCAUCUUCAAUUUAUUUGAAGAUUACUUGAAUAAUGACUUGCGAAUACUUUGA